CACUCGCUGCCCCGCCCGCCCGCCCGCCACCCGCUACAAGAUCGCCCGCCGCCUCUUCUCCUCUUCUUGCAAGCUGAGCCACUCGCAUCCUCGGGCUCAGAUCUCUCCUCCAAGAGCCCCCCCGGCGGCGCCCCUCCUCCGUCCCCGGACCGUCAUCCCGCAGGUUUGAGACCGGUGCAUUGCUUGGUUGACCCCUACUUGUGGAAAUGCUUGAUUCACUUAUUAGCCAUGACCCGAAGGUGUUGACUGAGAAGAAGCCUGAUGAGAUAAUUGUGUCUGGUGUUGUUGAAAGUCUGCAGAAUUUUCUACGCAAGUGCAUCAUAGCUGUCCUCUCAUACGGCCCGAUGCCUAAACACAUCGCGUUUAUUAUGGACGGGAACCGCAGAUACGCCAAGUCCAGAAGUAUCAAGGAAGGCACCGGUCACAGCGUGGGCUUCUCUGCUCUAAUGGCAAGUCUUAUCUACUGUUACGAGAUGGGUGUCAAGUACAUCACGGUGUAUGCAUUCAGCAUCGACAAUUUCAAACGCGACCCUAGUGAGGUCAAGACCUUGAUGGAAUUAAUGGAGGAAAAGAUCAACGAGCUGUUGGAAAACAAGAAUGUCAUCAACAAGGUCAACUGCAAGAUCAACUUCUGGGGGAACCUGGACAUGCUUCCCGAACCAGUGCGGCUGGCAGCCCAGAAGCUGAUGGCGAGCACCGCCGAGAACACAGGACUGGUCUUCUCCGUCUGCAUGCCGUACAACUCAACCUCCGAGAUCGCCAACGCCGUCACCGAGCUCUGCAAAGAACGGAGGGAUAUGAUGCAGGGGCAGCAGGCCAGCGGCCGCAAUGGCCGCCCCGCAAAUGACGGCGCACGUUCGGAUAUCUCGGUGGCCGACCUGGAUCACCACAUGUACAGCGCCGGCUGUCCGGACCCGGACAUUGUGAUCCGGACCUCGGGCGAGACCCGGCUGAGCAACUUCCUCCUGUGGCAGACAACGUUUAGUCAUCUGCAGAACCCGGACCCCCUCUGGCCUGAGUUCUCCUGGAGGCACCUCAUCUGGGCGAUACUGCAGUACCAGAGAGCCUACCCGUACAUUGAGCAGAAUAAAGGUCUGGCGAAGAAGCAGCUGUGAGUGAGGGAUCUCAUCUCCCUCGUAAGGUGAUAUAUGCAUAUGAUCAUCUAGAAGAUACUACAAUAAUAACAGAUCAGAAGGCUGGCAGAGAAGCGUCAGUCUGUGAAUAAGGGAUCUCAUCUCCUUUGUUAGGAGAUAAGCAGAUACCAUGGAAAGAUAGUAACAGCAACCUGUUGAAAGUUGGCCCUUAUUAUUUUUCGUGUAAUGAAGACUGUAAUUAUGGGAACCAUGUGUAUUGUUGUGUUAAACGGUGGCAAUAGCUUGCCAUUUAGCCUGAACUAAGAAGCCAAUUCGAGAAAAUUGUAAAGCGUCAGCGAUAUAUGAUCAGCGCUCAUUAGUACUCCAGGUAAUUUGGGAGGGAGGGAGUAUAAUUUAAAUUUGUCUCGUUUUUAUA